AUGAGCCGCACAGCUAUCAACAAGACCACGGGCCAUGCGCCAUCUACGUUAAUGUUAGAGCGAAUGCGCGAGGCAGCGACUGACUUGGCCAUAUUGGCCUCGACCAUGCAAGGAUGGAAAUUUGCUAAUGAACGCAAUGGCGCAAUGCUUUACGAAAUGGCAGGUCGUAAUUUACCUCAAAACGUUUCAACAGCUAGAAAAUUUGGACGUGGAGCUGGACAUUCGGCCGAUUAUUUUUUAGUUCGGGCAGUCACUACAGUACAUUCUGGUGUUGCUCCAAUGUUAGAUUUAUUGCAUUCGACUACUACUGAAGAAUUUCGACUUGUGAUGCGGCAGAUUUUUAGUGAUUAUUUUCAACAUGGUGUCACAUUGGAUAAAUUAACGUGUACGACACCACCGCCAUUUGCUGAAGACCAUGAUGCAGGUGUGGAUGGCUCAAGACGAAGUUUUUCUGAGGAUGAUGCUUACUCGGUUAAUUGGCUGACUCUUAAGGCUCAAGCAAAGCUUGAAACGGUUGAGAAUAAUCGCGAUUUUACGCUAGUAUGCUAUCAAGAUGCUUUUUAUCGACAUGAAUCGGGUGUGUUAGAACGUGUAGGACGAGGAACAGCGCGUGCCAGGUCUAACACGCCCAAUCACGUAUCUCAAAGCCGAUUGAUGGGUGUUCACGUCUUGAGCAGUGUAAACUUUCAGGACGUACCAGAACUUUCAAUUCCUGAUUGCACAGACAGACUGCAUUUUCGUAAUUCGGGCUUUGUAAUUGAGGAGACGUCCGAGCCGAAUGUGUUGAGACUCUCACUUCUAUUGUCACUACUGCCGACCAAGGCGACAUUAAAAUAUGUUCGAAAGUAUCAACGAUGGCUACACACACUCGCAAGUUGUGUUGGUAAUCUAGCACAGAUUUUGAGGCCAGAAAUAACCAUGCACUGCUUGAAUAAGCUUACGUGGAAGCAAAGUGAUCACUGCUUCAUGUGUUUGAAGAUGUUUCGCACAUUUCGACGCUGUCACCACUGUCGUUUUUGUGGUGAAGCAGUGUGUAAUGCAUGUUCUAGUAUGAUCAACAUGUCUGGAUACGAUGUCAAGGAUAGCAGCCAUACAUUGAUUACCAGCGCCGCUAUCUCAUUAGCAUCAUCACAGUACAAAGAUACCGCAAACACAGAUUUUAGCCAGACUAGAGAUGCUCGGCAUUUGGCACCUGCUGACGAAAAAAGUCUCACACGCAACAGUAGUUUCAAGUCUCGUGGUCAUCGAGAAGCGAGAGGUUGUAAUGCUUGUAUUGCAGACCUGCGGCAUGGUUUGACAGCUUCCGUUGCUUUGAAAUUGCGGCGAAAUUCAGAUUCGGAUAGCAAUACCAGCGGUGAUAAUUCAUUCUUUGCGCGCUCUCAAAACGGUUUGAGUACUAGUUACGGCGACGAUGAUUUACAAUUAUAUGAUAGCCCUGAUGAGAUAAGCUAUGAACGCCGUCUUGGCUCGGUCGCGACGUUUAUCAAAUCUGACAAUGGUCCAGGUACAAUAGUAGAGGAGGAUGGCCCAUUUACAGCUAGUAUUCUGGGAUUAAUCGAUCCGGAGGAUCAAUAUUCUGUCACACCCGAAGAGAUGCAAGAUAAAUUCCCGGCCGUAGAUGAAGCGGCCCCACCACGGUUCCGCACCGUGUCCAAUCCUGACCAGCUCCGUCGAAUGCGUGAUGGGUUGGAUUCCGACUUGCCGCAACGUCUUAAGGAUAAACACAGUAUGGUGUCCAUGUCUACUGCAAGUAGCUCGUUUUCGCGUUCCUCGAACGAUCGUUACACCAAUGAAAACGUAUCGCAGUAUUCGCGUGGCACCAACUUUACGACCAUGUCGGAUGGAUUUUCUGCUGGUGAUCUCUCUCAUGACCCAGACAUCUUGGCUCUUGCUGGGUUGUCAAUGAAUAGGAAACUGUCUGAUGAUUUUGAAUCAGAGUUUGUUCAGCGACAACCGAUGUCUGACAGUGAGACUUACGAACACUUGUCUAGCCACGUUUACGUGGCGACCGAUUCGGAGAGAGAGACGGGGACUGAGAUAGUCGACUAUAAUACAGACAAGGAAUUAUCAAAGAAAGCUUAUCCCAAUUUCUGGCAUGAAAGCAGCCACGCUGACUCUCGAUGUCGCAGCACUACGACGAGCACGCGUGACGACAACCUUAACACACUUCGCCCUGCAGAUGUGCUUCGCCACCGUAGUCACACCUCAACUUCUGUAUUGUGGAACUCGGCUACCACAGCUUCAUUGUCUUCUUCAAGCACCGACUCAUCACGCAAAUUCGGUAGCUCCAGCAAUAUGAGCAUUAAAAUGGCCGAAGAACCAGCAGAGCCACCGGACAGCAGCUGCGAUGGCAAAAUCAAUUUCUUGAAGCUCAGCAGCCAUCCAUUAUCCCAUUCAACGGCUGCGAUUGAAGCAGUCGUCACCGCAACACCGGCAAACUCAGCUGAAAUUGACCGCACCUCGUCUAGCAAUGACGAGAAUACAUUAACGUUGGAUAGGCAAAAUUCUGCUUCAGUGACGGUGAAUGGAUGGCCAGUUCCUAUUCCUGAAGACACUUCCACGUCGGACCGCAACGAUAUGAUUCCAUUGCCUCAGUCAGGAGAACUACCAGUUAAAUUUGUUGUCUUUUCGGAUUCCAGGCGUAAAUCCAUCUUCACGCGGGCAGAUGAUGGUCAAGAUAUGAUUCCACUCGACUUUUAG